CUGUUUAACUCCAAUGGACGUGCGUUUGAAAAUGCAGACUGGUCUGAAGAUGCCAGUGCUGAACUGUGGCAUAGCACUCCUGUUAAAAAGAAAGAUGCCUGUGACCAUCACCAAGCAUUUGGUAUAAACGGCUUUGAGAUGGACACUUCCACCAGUCGGUGGGGCAGAGGUGCUGCUACACUCCCCGGAGAUUCCUGCUGUCCUCACACUGUCCAGGAAACUGAGCUUCCCAUGACAGACCUGAGUGGCUCCACCAUCCAGAGGCAGAGGAGGGAGCUCCAGCUGCUGAUGACCGAGCUGAAGGACCGAGAGAAGGAGCUGAACGCCAUGGCGGCCUCCCACCGUAAGCAGCAUCAGAUGUGGGAGCAGGACCGCCAGAGGGUGUCCGCGCUGGAGCGAAAGGGCUCUCGUUUGGAAGAGGAGCUGCAGAAGCGAAACGAAGUGAUCCGAGUGCUGACCAGGCGGGUGUGGGUGGUGGAGAGCAGAGAGCUGGAGGUGCAGAAGGAGCUCCGCGAAGCCAAGAGGAAAGCUGCCGAGAUCGAGGAGACUCAACGGCACGUCGGCCAAAAAUGUCGAGACUACGAGGAGCGGAACCAGAGUCUCAGCUCCACGGUCACGGCUCUGUCCACUCAGGUGGGCUCUCUGCAGGUCAGAGAGGAAGAGCUGAGGUCUCUGCUGGAGCUGAAGGACAAAGACGUGGCGGAGGCCUCCGGCCGGAUUCUGGAGCUGGCGGGGCGGCUUCGAGACCUGGAGGCGGCGCAGAGAGAGAGCCGCUCGCAGGAGGCCAAGCAGCUGAGGGACGGGGAGGAAAGCAAACGCCGUUACAGAGAAGCCAGACAGGAGGCCGCGCUGCUCAAAGAGGAGCUGCAGCAGCAGGUGGCCCAGAGCAGCACCCAGCGGGAGGAGAUCAUCCGGCUGAAACAGGAGCUCCAGCUGCUGCGCACACACCUGGCCCUCACAGGGGAGGGUGACGGCUGGAAGGACGAGCUCCUGGAGCUGUCGCGCUCCAAACAGGAGCGCAUCACGUCUGAGCUGCUCUGCCUGCAGCAGGUGUGUGAGAGUCAGAGAAACGACCUCCAGCUGCUGCGGCUCCACCAGGAAAGUGCACGGCGAGCUCCGAGGGAGGAAACCGGCCAGAGGAAAUUCAGCAGUCAUGAUGAGUCGACAUUUCACUGUGGGGACCGCCGGCCUUCCUCAGAAAGAGGGAGCAGCUUCAGUGGACCGGCCAAUGACCACAAAGACCCACGGGGGGCCACAUCAGCCCUCGUUCCAGAUGGUGAGGAGCAUCUGUCCAGGUUCUCUCUGCUCCGUUUGUUGGACGAGGCCGGGCUGCUGCUGAAUGCAGAGAGCAGCCCCAGAGCCCCCACCUGGCGGACCCCCCCACACCCCCCGGGACCCUCGGUGGGGCAGAGUGGUGAAACUCCUCCCAAAGCCAGCCCCCGUCCUGGUGCCGGCCAGCCCGCCGGUCAUGUGGCCGGCUUGAUUUAA